GAACGAAUUCCAUCAUGGCGGCGAUUUGAGUUGACAACCGCGACGGCAAACGUCGGAUGCAGGAUAAAUAUGUUUACAGAUUUAUGUAGUGGAAUCAGCAGCAUUAAACACACCAUGUAAAGGAACCUUUGGGCUGCCCAGCAUGAUGUUCUGAAAUUAAAAUCUGUAGCAACUGAAACAUUUGAAAAUGGCAACCCAGUUGAUGUAUGCCCAAGGUCAAGGAGGGUUUGGUGGCCACAUGUAUGACCACGGAGGGCAUGCUGGUAAAAAUGGAAGCAGCUUUGCAUUCAGAAAACGUUUUGAGAGGGUUGACUGGAGAAAAAUUGCAUCAGUUGACGUUGACCACAUAUCAAGAACUCUUGACUUCAAUGCCCUCCAAGAAAAUAUCAUGAAUAUCACAUUUUGCAACAUUGAAACUGAACUGGACCUGCGAAUGGUGGAUCCCAACUUUGUAAAAUUGUUUAAAUUAGCGCAACUUACGAUAGAGUAUCUGUUGCACUCUCAAGAUUAUUUGGCUGGACUCGUUGCUUCUAAUGAAGAAAAAGCGAAAAAGGAGAAGGAGGAGCACAAUGAGCUCCAGAAGCAGGUGGAGAAACUGCAGCAGGAGCUCAGUGAUGUCAAGAAGGAGAGUCACAAGAGGAAGAAGCUUCUCAUGGCUCAGCAGCAAAUGAUGCAUGCUGGCUCCGGCAGCUAUAAUAAGUGUCCAUACUGCACGAAGGCAUUUCUGAACAGCUCCUUCCUCCAGUCCCACAUCACUCGUCGCCAUGGAGGCUCGGUGGGUGUGUCCAAGUCAUCUAGCCCCACCCAUGGAGGCAGCAUCAAUCAGACAUUGGAGCUGGAGCUGCAGGCAAUCAAAGAGAGGCUCCAUAUGACAGAAUCACAGCUCAAGGAUGAACGCAAAAUGUUGGAUUCACUGAAAAACAAAGAGAAUAAGAUAUCAUCUGUAGUGACGGCGCACAUGCAGGCGUACAGGGAGUCGGAGGGCGGAGACCAUGAGGAGAUCGAGAGAGUGAAGGAAAUGUUUAUGAAAGAACUUCAGGAUGUCAAUCAAAAGUAUAUGUCCUCCGAGCAGGCUCUUGUGGAGUUGGAAACUAGAUUCGGUGCUAAAAGGUCAAACUUGGGCGACAUCCUGGAUGACGAUGAUAAUGAGAAGAGCUUCCUACAGCGUCAGAAAGAUGGUGUUCUCUUGCUGAAGGAGGAGUUACAGCACCAGGUUCUGACAGUCGAGUCUAAGCUGAAGACAGAGUUGGACAAACAGGAUAAGAAAUGGCAGAAGAAGGUUCACAAGAUGACGAAGCAGCACGCUGAUGAACUGAGGAAGCUGAAUGAUGCCCUAGAACACACAAGUCGGGAGACAGGGAGACGUGCCACCACACCGGAGGCUCGACAACAGCAGCAGCAAGUAGAGAACCUACUCAGGAGGUCGCGGGAGCAGGAGAAGAUGUUGACCUCUCAGGAGGAAAUAUUGAAGAAGGAAGUUGACAAACCAAUCGUCACGUCCCAGGUAACUCACCUGUCCAUCCCCAAGUCUCCCCGUCCCCCACGCCCCUCAUCACCUGGCAGGAUGAUGAGCAUGGUGCCCAGUGAUGAGGAUGAUGAAAGCACAAUGUUUGGCACCGGCAGCAUGAGUAACCCUGGGCGGCGAAGCUUGCGGAGCACAUUGGGAACCACUGGCACUCUGGGUGAACGGACCCUUGGCACCACCCAGUUCCUGGAACAACUGAGGAAAAACCCCACCCUGAAGAUCAUGCAUGACGAGUUUGCUUCCUUGCUGGACGAACAGGUGGCGAAGAGAGGAAUACCACCGGGCUCGCCUGGAGUCAGUCAACAAGUGCUGGACAACAAGCUGGCCAUGAUGAGGACACAGAGACAGUCAUAUGUCAAGAAAUUUCCUGACUUUGAUGCGCUACGACAGUAUUUUGAUAGAAUGGCGGAACAAAAGGCUCGUGAGAAAGUGCGAGCCAUGAAGACAUCACCACCACUGCCCCCCCGCAAUCUCUACCACUCACUGCCCUCGUCACACACAGGACCCCAGCAGACAUCAUUCAGGUCCCCCGCCCAUACCCCCGCCCAUACCCCCGCCCGCACCCACAGCCCCAGGGUCAGGAGCCCACAGCCCCAGGGUAGGAACCCUAGCCCCUCCCCACCCAAACCUGCCCCUCGGUCCACCACCCCACAGAGGACUCUACAAUCAACUGGCUCCACGACCGAGUGGACCAGCACGCAGUGGGAUUCAGAGGAAGAGUCAGAGGAGGAAGAGAUGGGAGGAAGAGGCCAACCAAUCAUGGUGACACCCUCCAAGUCGAAUCGUCAGCCAGGUCACACAGGCCCCACCCCCAGUCCCCGCCCACGGGGGCAACUGAUUCAGUCGAAGCCGCUGCGUGACAUCGAUGACGAUGAUUGGGAUGAAUCUGAAAGCACUGUCAGCCCCAAACCUGCGGCGGUGAAGACCCGGGUCAUCAUGUCUCAGCCGAAGGGGCAGAAAGUGUCGGAGCUGUCACGGUCAAUAGAGUCACAACUCGUGGGGAGAAAGAAAGGAGACAAGCCAUUCGGAGGCGUGGACACGAUGGAGAGAACAGGGGGAAAGAAGUCCAAUAAUGUAGAUAUCCUGGAGGACAUCGACGGCAGUGACUGGGAUGUCUCUCCAGUUGAGGAUGAAGAGACUCAGAGAGGAGCGAAACGUCCACCAACAAGGAACAGCAACCGUGGCAGCCAUGCCGAGACCGACUUCUCCACCAACACGUACGGCACCAGUGUCUGGGGUUCUUCCUCCAAAGCAGCCAGCACAGCGAACCCCAACAACCGGGCAUCCACAUCCAAGAGUUCCUUCAUCACAGAUGUCAGCUCUGAUGAAGAACUUGACCUUGACAACAUCUAGAUGAAGAGAGGAUAAUUUGACCUUGAGAACAUCUAGAUAAAAAGAGGAUGAUUCAACCUCAACAUGUAGAUGAAGGAAACGCUAACCUUGACUGUGACAAUAUCUAGAUAGAGAGAGGAUACCUUAUCUUGAAAACAUCUAGAUAAAAGAGGAAUCCUUAUCCUUGACCUUGACCUUGACAUCAUCUACAUGAAGUGAAGAAAUCCUGACCUCGACCUUGACGACAUCUAGACGAAGAGAGAAAUAACUGACCUUCACCUUGACAACAUCUAGAUGAAGGGAGGAAGUCAGGUCAUGAGUUACACGAGACUGACAACAUCUAGUCAGUUCAUUGUCUCCAUGAUAACAUACAUUGUUGUGUGAUGGCAUAUUGAGUGCUUGAUAGCGACAUAUAUGAUAAAAUGGAUGAGAGAAACUUGAAACUCCUAUCAAUAAGUAUUGUGGUCAUUGUAGCUUUUUUGAAUGAAAGACAUGAAGUUUUUUUCAGUGAUUUGACCACAAAACUAUGAAACCAGAGGAAAUGAUUUUUCAUUUAAACCACAUGUGAUCUGUGUUUGGAUGGAAGGCAUUGAUUGGUUGUGUUGUGUCCCUCUCAGUCAAUACUGAAAGAAGUUGGGAUGAUUUAGCUUGCAUGAUGUCAUAUGAGGGUUUUAGAAUGACUCCUAUGUCGUGAACAGGUUGUAUAUGAAGUCCAAUGUAUUUCAACUAUCCAUCCAUACACGUCCAACUGUUGAACUCAAAGUGUAUUUUAGAAGUAUGAAAUGGCAUCAAAUUUUGUGAUGUUCUAUCAUUUUGAUGUCUUUCAUUACUGUAUUGUCAUCUUGCAUAAUUAAUUAAUGUACAUGUAUUAAUAUUUGCAUAAUCUGUGAAAAUCCAUUCAAGAUAUUUUACCAUAUAAAUUGUAUAUAAAAAUGGCCUUUACAGUAAAAUGCAUGCUUUUAUGCAAAUUUUAUGCAAAUUAGAUUUAUCAAGCAUAAUUUUGCAUGUUUGGUGUUUUCAUGGCAUGUGAUUCAUACCGUCCAUUCAACUGUUGUACUCAUGGUAGAUUUUACAUCAUAUUGUGGGCUUGUAGUUGUAGUGUUGUAGGGUUUGCACUGAUAAUUUAUUUACUGUACUAUUUCCUAUCUUUCAAUACAAAAGUAGGCCAUUAAUAUGGCUGACAAAUAUAGAAAAUGUAAUAAAUUUUGACGGGAAAAAGUUUUAUUUUCAGACAAUGUAGCAUGUGUAAAUGCCUCCUGGCAUAAAGGAAAAGGAAUAACAAGACUAAGUGUAUUAUAACCACGCAAAACGCGAAGUCAGGAAGGUUAUCUCAGCGUUCAAGAAAACGAAUUCGAAGCACGAGGAAGAUCAAGGGCAGUUAACUCUGAUUGGUUGACCAACUACCGAGUGUGCCUUGUGCGAGUUAUUAUCACUCUGUGCCAUGGAUAUUGAAGAUUAGAAGUAAAUUGACACUGUGACAGUAGGCUAAACAUUAAAUAUAUGGAAUACUCAAGUUUCUUGAAGCUUGUUACUAUUUCAUGAUAAAGCUCCUUUAUUUUUCACACAGGUAUCACAUUUAUAAACCAACUUGUUUAAAUUUCUUUGAUCACAGAUCUAUUUAGGUCAGACCUGUCAUCCCCUCAUCAUAUGUGGGAGAUUUGACUUCAAAAUGGAGGAGAUUUGACUUCAAAAUGGGGGAGAUUUGACUUCAAAAUGGAGGAGAUUUGACUUCAAAAUGGAGGAGAUUUGACUUCAAAAUGGGGGAGAUUUGCCUCCAAAGGGGAUAUUUUUAUGAUAGUGAAGACAAGAUAAAUUCCAACCUUCAUUUUUAUCAGUCUUAUUAAGCAAUCUCAUUAAAAUCAGACCUUAGUCCUCGCUACCGCUAAACAGAGAUCUGAAGACAUCCCCUUAGGGGUCACGUCAGAACGACCUUUCAUCCGACCAAUCAGAGCGUCG